AUGUUUAGACGAGUUUCAGGGGCAGCACCUCAGGUGCCACCACUAGUUGCAGUACCUAUGCAGGCUCCUGCUAGACCACCAAUAGACAAGCUUAGAAAAUAUGGAGCUAUGGAAUUCAAAGGCAGAAGAGAAGAUGAUGCUCCAGCAGCAGAGUACUGGCUGCAAAGUACAGAGAGAGUGUUGCAGCAACUUCAGUGCAUACCACCAGACAGUCGGACUUGGGAAUUCUUCCUGGCUGAGUUUACAAAAAAGUAUAUUGGAGAUUUGUAUCUAGAUGAAAAGAGAAGAGAAUUCAUGUAUUUGAGACAGGGCAGGAUGACUGUCAGUGAGUAUGAAAAAGAUUUCAUCAGACUGAGUAAGUAUGCCCGGGAAAUGGUGCCUACAGAGGAAGCCAGAUGUAAGAAAUUUGAGCAGGGUUUGCAUAAUGACAUUAGGGUGCUUUUGGCAGCCCAUCCCAUCAAAGAGUUCUCUAGUCUGGUAAACGCAGCAUUGAAUAUAGAAAAGAUAAAAGAAGAAGAACAAAGCUGA